AUGUCGUAUAUGAAAAACGAAUGUCGACGAAGGGGGAUUCGGUCUUCUGGGGUACUAUUUCUUACCUGGCUACUGUUUGCGCUCUUCGGAGCCCCGGAAUUCUACAACUGGCUGGUGAUCGGAAGUAGUCAAGAGCUGGUGGCACAAACCGAUUUCUUCCGAUAUCUAGCCUACCUUGUGUACUAUCCCUUGGUUUUGAUCCAGUUAUUCUUGAUGUGCUUCGCUGACCCACUGACAGUUUUUGAUGACGAGACGAAUAUGAAAAAUCCCUAUGAUACAGCUUCAUUCCUGAAUCGACAAUUUUUCUGGUGGUUUAGUCCUCUCGUUAGUCUUGGAGCGAAGAAACCCCUGGAGGUUGACGAUAUCUAUGACAUUGACGAAGAUUUGAAACCCGAUCAUUUGCAAGCGAUUUGGAAAGAGGAAUGGAAUGAUGAGAUGCGAAGAUAUCACCUCGCUGUCAGCACCUAUGAGGCUCAGAAAAAGUACGAUGCCGACUCCGAAAUGUUCAAUGAUGAUGAGAAAACAUCCCUACUUGGAUCUGCAUCCCGAGGUUAUGGCGGGGUCACAAAUGGCUCUGACAAGAAAUUAAAGAACAAAGGCGGACCAAAGUUACCAAAGAAACCCUCAAUUAUUUGGUGUCUAUGGAGAUUAUUCAAAUGGGAGAUGGUAGGGGCGACUAUGAUGAAGCUGGCCUCGGAUUUGCUACAAUUUUUGAACCCGGCCAUGCUAAAUUUACUCAUCACAUUCACUGAAAAUCCGUUGGCCCCAUGGUAUGAAGGUUUGAUCUAUGCACUAGGUCUUGGUGCAAGCAAUUUCAUUCGAUCACAGUUGAUGAAUCAAUACUUCACAAAUAUGUUCCGUAUUGGUGCACAGUUUCAAGGAGUACUUACUACCGCAGUUUAUGAAAAGACAAUGCGCCUCUCAAAUUCGGCAAGGCGUGAAAAGACAGUUGGAGAAAUUGUGAAUUUGAUGGCUAUCGAUGUGGAACGCUUCAAAACCAUUGCUCCGCAGAUUCAGCAGUAUUGGAGCAGCCCUCUUACUAUAAUCCUCUGUCUCAUCUACUUGGCCCAAGUUGUGGGAUGGUCAGCAAUUGCUGGGGUUAUCAUUAUGUUGCUCGUUAUCCCGGUUAAUCUCUAUGUUUCCGUGAAGUGUAAGAAUUGGCAAGUCGAACAGAUGAAGCUAAAGGAUCAGAGGAUAAAGAUGACGAAUGAAGUGUUGGGUGGUAUUAAGGUCGUAAAACUUUAUGCUUGGGAGCCAGCUAUGGAAAAGGCGAUUGACAAAAUUCGACAGAAGGAGAUCAACCUUGUCAAAAAGGCAUCUACACUCCGGAAUGCUUGUGAUAUCUUUAAUAUUUCACAACCUGUUUUUGUAGCCGCCGCCACUUUUGCCGUUUAUACCUUGAUCGAUCCGAAUAAUGUAUUGACUCCACAGAUAGCAUUUGUCUCCUUAACGCUCUUCAGUUCCUUGAGAGGACCAUUGAUGAUGGCCUCUGAUUUGAUUGCGCAGACUGUCCAGGCAAUCGUCUCCAAUCGGCGCCUACAAGAAUUCCUGAUCGCUGAGGAGCUCUUUUAUGAGCGUUCUAUCCAAGCAGAGCAAGCCACAUGGUCAUGGGAUAAGAAAAUGCCACCGACUUUGAAGGAUAUCGAUAUGGAAAUCACUUCCGGAAAGCUUAUAGCUGUCGUCGGUAGAGUUGGAACUGGUAAAAGCAGUCUCCUUUCUGGAAUUCUUGGCGAAAUGGAAAAGCUUCGUGGUUACAUCGGUGUACGUGGCACCGUGGCAUAUAUUUCACAACAACCCUGGAUCCAGAACAUCAGCUUAAAAGAGAAUAUUCUCAUGGGUCGGGCAAUGAAUCCAUUGAUAUACGAGACAGUUCUGGAGGCUUGUGCCCUGAAGUCAGAUCUGGAGCUUUUACCUGCUGGAGAUGAGACGGAGAUUGGAGAGAAGGGCAUUAACCUAUCUGGCGGCCAAAAAGCUAGAGUGGCCUUGGCUCGAGCUGUCUAUCAAGAUCGCGAUAUAAUUUUGCUUGAUGAUCCCUUGAGCGCAGUUGAUGCUCAUGUUGCGAAGCAACUUUUUGAUGAAGUCCUGGGCCCGAAUGGCCUAUUAAAAGACAAAACUCGCAUUUUGGUAACGCAUGGAAUUGCUUUCUUGAAAGAAGCGGAUUUGAUUGCCGUGGUUAAAGACAACACAAUCUCUCACAUCGACACCUAUGCAAACCUUAUUACAAAUCCCGAAACGGAGCAAUACAUCAAAGAAGUGGAGAUGCAGAAGAAGGCAGAGGAGGAAGGAGAAAUAGACGAAGAUGAGGAAAGUGAGAUCGAGGAUAGUGAUGAUACCAGCAUGGAAACGAAAGAGCCAAGCGAUGAAUUGACAGAAUUGGCAAAGCCACCAGGCUUUGAUCGUUCCAUUUCAAGAGCGUCCGCUUCUACAAGGCUAUCAAAGAAAUCCAGGAGAAGCUCAGCGAAAAGAUCCCUAGCUUCGGUGCGCGUUAAGCCAGUCGGGCUGAACCAAUUAAUUGGAAAGGAGAAAGUGGAGACCGGAAGGGUAAAACCAAAAGUGUAUAUGGAUUAUUUCAAAGCAAUGGGUUGGACGACACACAUAUUGCCUAUGAUUGUGUUUGCCAUCUUAUGGUCCGCUUCUGCAAUGAUACGGAGUCUUUGGCUGACUGCAUGGUCUGAUGAAAAUGUGCCAACUAACCCGAACCCACCAGCGCCACUCGGCUUGAGAAUCGGUGUAUAUGCUGGGAUCGGGUUAUGCGAAGUGAUAUUCCUGUUUUUGUCGUUUUAUUUCUUGCUUGUUGGAGGAAUUCGGGCCUCGCUCCAACUUCACGCACCGUUAUUGCAUAAUAUACUUCGAAGUCCGUUAUCCUUCUUUGAUGUUACCCCGUUGGGUCGUAUCUUGAAUCGGCUUGGGAAGGAUAUGGAAGUUAUUGAUUUACGUCUCCCUGGAAACUUCCGAUUUUUGGUGGUUUCUGUUAUUAAUGUGCUACAAGUUAUUAUUCUCAUCACCAUUGCCCUGCCACUUUUCCUUCUCAUUGCCAUUCCCGUAUUUGCUAUUUAUUUCUUGUUGUUGCGUUACAUUAUCAAUUGCUCCCGGCAGCUGCAACGAUUGGCUUCUAUUACACGGUCCCCAAUCUAUUCCCAUUUUGGUGAAUCGAUCCAAGGCGCAAGCACGAUCCGCGCAUUUGGCUGGACGCCUAGUUUUGUUGAAAUGAGCAAACAAAAGCUAGAAGUAUUUAUCAAGUGCAGUUACUACGCAAUGAUUUCCCUACGAUGGUUCUCAGUUAGACUUGAAAUGUUGGGAAAUGUGAUUAUUCUUGGUGCCGCGAUCUUGGCGAUUGUGGCUAAGAACUGGGGUGCAACCACGGCUGGAAUGAGUGGAUUGGCGAUUUCGUAUAGUUUAUCGAUCACAUUUAUGAUGAGCAUGUUUGUGCGUCAAAUUAGUGAAUGUGAAACGAACGUGGUGUCUGUUGAAAGAAUUAAAGAAUAUUCGGAAACACCCACGGAGGCUGAAUGGGACGGAAUCCAAGCUCUACCCCGUGCAUGGCCUGACCGAGGCGAGAUCCAGCUCAAGAAAGUUCGUGCCAGAUACCGCCCAGGCUUGGAGUUGGUCCUCAGGGACCUCUCCGCUAACAUCGUGCAAGGGGAAAAGGUUGGAAUUGUCGGCCGAACCGGCGCUGGCAAGAGCUCGAUGGCUCUCGUACUUUUCCGUAUUGUUGAGCCGUGUGGAGGCCAGAUUAUUCUUGACGGCGUUGAUGUCCAAAAGAUCGGGCUCCACGAUUUGAGAAAGAACAUUACGAUUAUUCCACAGGAUCCGGUUCUGUUCUCUGGCACCCUUCGUUUCAACAUCGACCCAACGGAAGUGCAUUCCGAUGCUGAACUCUGGACGGCACUAGAACAUGCUCAUCUUAAAGAGUUUGUCGAUACAUUGCCUGCAAAAUUAGAGCAUCCUAUCGAUGAGGGCGGUGAAAAUAUCAGUGUUGGACAACGGCAACUUGUGUGCUUGACUCGUGCUCUGCUUCGUAAAUCUAAAGUAUUGGUGCUAGAUGAAGCUACAGCAGCAGUUGAUAGCCAUACAGAUGCAUUGAUUCAGACAACAAUUCGACGCGAAUUUGCCGCCUCCACGAUCAUUACUAUUGCCCAUCGUUUGAAUACAAUCAUGGACUACGACAAGAUUAUGGUGAUGAAAGCGGGAGAAGUGGCCGAAAUGGGAUCACCCCAAUUGCUGCUCCAGGACAAAGAAUCGAUGUUCUAUGGAAUGGCUGCCAGCGCGGGACUUGUAGAA